CUGUUGUCGGGACGGAGGACGCCUUAAUCUGCCGCCUAACCCUGACGCCCUGCCCCAGUUUGCGUCUGAUCUGUGCUGAACUGUAGCGGACUUCAUGGCGUCGUACGAUGAUGAUGAGAACUUCGGGAGUUACGGAGUCGUCGGCUCCUUCCCGAAGGACUUCGGGUACGGCCCUGACGAACAGGACACGGAGGAUCGGUCACCUUCAGCCGAGAGCAAGCCCAGAAUCCUGCUCAUGGGGCUCAGGAGGAGCGGGAAGUCAUCCAUCCAGAAGGUCGUGUUCCAUAAGAUGUCUCCCAACGAAACCCUGUUUCUGGAGUCCACCAACAAGAUCGUCAAGGACGAUAUUUCCAACAGCUCGUUUGUGCAGUUCCAAAUCUGGGACUUCCCCGGACAAAUCGACUUCUUCGAUCCAACCUUCGACUCAGAGAUGAUCUUUGGUGGCUGCGGAGCUCUCAUCUUUGUCAUUGAUGCACAGGAUGACUACAUGGAGGCUCUGGCAAAACUUCACAUGACAGUCUCAAGGGCGUACAAGGUCAACCCUAACAUCAAGUUUGAAGUUUUCAUCCACAAGGUGGACGGCCUGUCAGACGACCAUAAGAUCGAGACCCAGCGAGACAUUCACCAGCGGGCUAACGAUGACCUGGCCGACGCUGGGCUGGAGGCCAUUCACCUCAGUUUCUACCUGACGAGUAUCUAUGACCACUCCAUCUUCGAGGCCUUCAGCAAAGUUGUGCAGAAACUCAUCCCCCAGCUGCCGACCCUGGAGAACCUGCUCAACAUUCUCAUCUCGAACUCUGGGAUUGAGAAAGCGUUCCUGUUUGACGUCGUGAGUAAGAUCUACAUCGCCACCGACAGCUCGCCGGUCGACAUGCAGUCCUACACACUCACACACAUGUACCCUCCUGCAGUCCUACACUCACACACACACAUGUACCCUCCUGUCUCCCUGCAGAACUCUGGGAUUGAGAAAGCGUUCCUGUUCGAUGUCGUGAGUAAGAUCUACAUCGCCACUGACAGCUCGCCCGUCGACAUGCAGUCCUACGAACUCUGCUGUGACAUGAUCGACGUCGUCAUAGACGUCUCCUGUAUCUACGGCUUGAAAGACGGGGAGGGCAGCUGCUAUGACAAAGAGUCAUCCUCCAUCAUCAAGCUGAACAACGCGACGAUCCUGUACCUGCGGGAGGUCAACAGGUGCUCCAGAGGUCAACUCCAAGACAGAAAGUCUGGCCAUGUACCUGGCAGGCUGACUCUACUAACAGUUUGUCAUCCAUGUUUUCUCAUUAGGAACAUAACAUUAUCUCUGCAUAUGGAACAUCACUGGUAUCCAUGGUUACCCAUUCUGCAUAUGGAACAUCACUGGUAUCCAUGGUUACCCAUUCUGCAUAGGGAACAUCACUGGUAUCCAUGGUUACCCAUUCUGUACAAUGGAAUCUAGAUCCAUGAAUUGUCAGAUGACUUGUGUUAGAUGUGAUUUUGAAUAUUACGAGUCUCUAACAUGGGUGAAAUCAUGUGAUUUACAUGUUUCAAACAGCAGCCUUUCACAUGUUUUAUAGUUAUAUUCUAUAAGUGAGAUUGUGUGAGAAGUUUUAGCCCAGCCUUUACAGACUCUGCCUGACUAAAGCUGGACUCGAGACAGGCAACAUUACCGCCUGGCGCUCUGUCCAGCUGGCUUCAUGUAGGUCAAACUGGGCUGCAGGAUUGCACUCAAAUCUACUCUCCUCUCAUCAAGGUCAGAGUCACCUUCAGAUGACCUCCAUCUCACACAUUAGAAUCACGUGACCUUGAGUAUCAUUGACAUGACAGAAUUUCUUUACAAAGAGGUGCCCUACUUACUGUAAUUUAUCUAAUCUCUACGGCUAUUCUAAACCCCACGAGUGUAGAACUAAGAAGAUGUACAGUAAGUCCUCCCAUGGUUCCUCGGGCUGCAGUUUCGCCCGCUGAGAAUUCUGGGAUUGUCGACAUUUGUCCGCAGUCGUCACGGCAACAGUUGUCACGGCAACAGUUGUCACGGCAACAGUUGUCACGGCAACAGUUGUCACGGCAACGUGAGAAGCAACAUUUUGGCACAUAAUCAGGCAGUCUGUCCAUCUGCUUCUGCUGAUUCUCCAGUCAUUAAACAUGUCUUCAUUAAUAUGAUUGUCUGAUGCAUACAUAGGAGCAGUCCCCGGCCUGGCUUGUUGGCUGGAUUUUCAGGAUUCUCCAGUUUAAAAAUGUUGUUAGAGCCUCUGUCAAAGGCAGUUAGGAUGUGGGUAGCUCUGACUGGUAGGUAACUCAUGGUUUAAUUGUCAGGAUUCUCCAGUUCAGAAUUGUUGGCAGCCUCCAUCAGAGAUGUGUUUGUGUCAGAUGUGAAGGUCAGUUGUGAUGCAGCUGACGGUGACUGUGAGUUCUGAUUGGUCAGUUGUCAUGCAGCUGAUG